UUCUCUCGCCUCCGGUUCUCCAUUGUCCAUUCACCCGGCCCAUCUGCAACCCGUCGAGUCCAACCCGCCGCCGGUCCGCCGCCAUCCCGCCGUCUCUCUCCCCACCACCGCGCCGCCAUGUCCGCCGCCGCCGCCGCCCUCCGGCCGACCGAGCCGCUCCCCCUCCCGAGCGGCCUCUCCCUCGCGCCGCGCCUCAAGCUGCUCCUCACCUUCUUCCGCGCCGACCUCUCCGUCCGCCCCGUCGACGAGUGGCAGCUCAAGACCGCGCUCCUCGCCUUCCUCCGCGACCCGCCCCUCUCCCUCCCCGUCCUCCCCGACUCCGACCUCUCCGUGCGCACCCUCCCCGACCUGCAUAAGCGCCGCCGCGACGAGCCCGUCGCCUCGGGCGUCCUCCACGUCCGCGACCUCUCCUUCCUCCGCCCACGCCGCCGCAACGGGGAUGAUGAGGAGGAGGAGGCCGAGGAGAUGACCCGUGAGCAGGAGGAGGAGAAGUACUUCCAGUGGAGGAGCUCCCUGGUCGAGAAGCUGGCCGGGAUCGAGCUCAACCUCGAGGGGGUUAAGUUUCGGAUGAGCGUCGAGAUCCCGCCCUCCGAUGACUUCAGGGCAAUGAAGAAGUCUUGGGAGAAUUUCUACGCCUCCGAGCUCCUCAGUAGCAGGAAUCCUGUGAGGAAGAUAGCGAAAAGGCCAGACACCAUUCUUGUCCGGGGUGUGCCAUCCAGGUGGUUUGCGGAGACGAGGAUAUCAUCGAAAGCCUCCACGCUGGUCACACACACUAUUUUCUCGGCACUUGGUAAAAUAAGGAACCUUAAUAUUUCUAGUGAUGAUGAAUGGGGAGCAAAACAAGACGGAACCAAUAAGGAGAUUAUAUCUGGACUAAAUUGCAAAGUGUGGGUGCAAUUUGAGAACUACGACGAUUUCAACAGUGCAAUGCAGGCAUUAUGUGGACGUUCAUUAGAAAAAGAAGGAUCACGGUUGAAGGUAGACUAUGAAGUAACUUGGGAUCAUGAAGGUUUCUUCCGCAAUGCACAAUACGAGCCUGUUCGCAGCAAUUUAGAAGAGAGAAAUUCAUCGGCUCAUGGAAGGAAGAAACAUUACACAUCGCGAAUUGAGUCAGAUCAUAGAAAGAGAUUUAGGGAUUGAUGGAUAUAGGGCAUGGCAUGAUGGUGGGAUUACUUGGUUCCAAGGACAGGGAAAAUGAUUGUACUGUAUCAUUCUGUUGUUUCAUCAUUAGUCUAACAGUAAAGUCUUUCUGAAUUAGGUAUUGCGUAGUUAUUACUAUUAGCCUAUGUCCUGGUUGAUUCCCAGAGAUCAUCACAACACAGUCUUGCUUGUGAUUUGUAAAAGAAUUUGCACUGUUGGCAUCUCAAUGUAUGCUCAUUCAUUGUUCAAUCACAAACUCACAAUUUUGCUGAAUGAGAAAUUGCAAUGGCUAAGAUCAGCCUAAGCCUGCAAA